GCCUCAACAAUCGCAGCAUUUACAAGGUUCGCAAGCAGUAUCAAGACCAAAACAUGAUGAUAACUUGUGGAGCAUGCCUAUUACGAGAAUGUCAAGAACAAUUUCUCUAAUAGCUUACGCAGAAAAUUUUGAGGAAAUGGAAGAUGUAGUAUUUGAAGAAGAGAAUAUUAGCAACUUAGAUGUGAGCAACAUUGAAGUUAACACAUCACUACAAAAUGAAUUGUAUUAUUUUUUUCGAAGUUUAUUGAAUAAAAUAGAACAAGCUAUUGAUCAAGAAAUGAUAGAAGAUAUGUCAGAUGAAGAUGAUGAUAAAUUGUUAGUAAACCUCGACAAUAAUAAUUUUGAGCCUGAAGAUCUUCAAAAAGCAAUGUUAGAUGAUGUCUUAGAUUCUAUUGAAGGAGUAAAUAAACUGAAAUAUAUAGUAGAGUGGCCAAACGAUACUUACAAGAACUUCAUGGAGUUAAUUAUAGAAG